UCCCCAGCCCCUCGGCACCCCGACCCCCGCCCCAGCCCAGCCCCUCCGCGCUCGGCCCUGGACAGGGCCCGGCCCCUGGGGGAUCUCGCGCCUGCCCGGCUGUGCGGUGACCCUGCGGCCGCCCGGCUCUGUCUCCGCCCGCGCGGCCACCUCGCGCAGGUCGCGUCCUCGGCCCGGGCCUGGCGUCGCGUCUGGCUUGGCCGCUCGCGCUCUCACAGUCAGCUCGGUUCUGAAAGCUCCCCCAGGGCAGCCGGGUUGGGGCUCGGGCCCCCGGAAGGAGCGGGGUGUGGAGCCGGGGCGGAUGGGCCGGCCUCUCCUGCGGCCUGGCGGGUGGAGCGGCCCUGCAAGGGCUGGACUGGGUGCCGCACUGGGUUUAGGCUGCGCGCCGCAGGCGGAGGCUGAGCGUCGCCGCAUCUCCCAGCCACCCUACUGUUUUUUUGAGGAAGAUUAGCCCUGAGCUAACGUCCGCAGCCAAUCCUCUUCCACUUUAAAUGUGGGACGCCUGCCUCCGCAUGGCUUGAUAAACCGGUGCAUAGGUCCGCUCCGGGGAUCCGAACCGGAGAACCCAGGUCACCAAAGCAGAGCGCGCCAAGUUGAGAGCGGGCAGCCUAGGCCGUGGACCUCUGGGAGAGGAUGGUGACCCCCUGGCGCUUGUCUGUCAGGGUCUGCUUGUCCCACCUAAGGGGUUUUGAGCUCAGAAAGGAACUCUGCCUUCUAAGACCCCCUGGGUGCUCUCGCAAUGCCAGACUCUGUUGGCUUCUGCUUGGCACUUUGCCCAAGCUCAUCUCAGCCUAUGGGGACACUGGUGAGGGGGGCCCUGAGAGCUUCUGUCAGCGAAGGGCCAGCUGGAGUGACCUGGCUGAAAAUGGGCCACUGGAGAGAGUCUCCCAGGAGGGGCGGCUGGGAGGCCUCCUUCUGCACCUCCGCAUCUGGCUUCGGGCAGGGGCUCUCCUGGUGAAAUUCUUCCCCCUCCUUCUACUCUACCCCCUCACCUACCUGGCUCCUAGUGUCUCCAGCCUCUGGCUCCGCCUGCUUCUGAAAGCCACGGAGACCUCAGGCCCAACAUACAUCAAACUGGGCCAGUGGGCCAGCACCCGGCGAGAUCUCUUCUCGGAGGCUUUCUGUACCCAGUUCUCCAAGCUGCACGUCCGGGUGACCCCCCACCCUUGGACUCACACUGAACACUUCUUGCGGCGGGCGUUUGGGGAGGACUGGGGGCGGGUCCUCUGCUUCGAGAAUCAAGAACCUGUGGGUUCAGGCUGUGUGGCCCAAGUGUACAAGGCGCGUGCCAAUCCUGCCUUCUUGGAGACUAACAGCAUCCAGAGACUUGGCACGGCCUCUAGUCUGCAGCCUUCUUCCGAGGCUGGAGAAGUCGGGGGGCUGAGAGAGCUCUUUGGACACCUGGGGAAGGGGUGGAGGCCUCAAGGAAGUCUUGCUGACCAGUCGUUUCUAGAAAGGCUGCUCCUGCCUAAAGCUGACCUGGUUGGAUCAAAGGCAGUCGUGUCUCAGUCUUCGGGGCCUGCCCACCCGCUUGAGCCGGAUCACAUCAUCCCGGUGGCAGUGAAAGUGUUGCACCCUGGCUUACUCUCGCAGGUGCAGAUGGACCUGCUGCUGAUGAAGAUGGGCAGCCGAGCCCUUGCACUUUUGCCAGGCAUCAAGUGGCUUAGCUUGCCUGAGAUUGUGGAGGAAUUUGAGAAGCUCAUGGUUCAACAGAUCGACCUACGUUAUGAAGCUCGGAAUCUAGAACACUUCCAGUGCAACUUCCUGAAUGUGAAUUCUGUCAGAUUCCCCACCCCUCUGCGUCCCUUUGUCACCAGGGAUGUCUUGGUGGAAACAUAUGAAGAGAGCGUGCCUGUGUCCAGUUACCAGCAGGCAGGGAUUCCUGGUGACUUGAAGAAGAAGAUUGCACGGCUGGGGAUCAACAUGCUCCUGAAGAUGAUAUUUGUGGACAACUUCGUCCACGCCGACCUUCACCCUGGGAACAUCCUGGUCCAGGGUGCCGACGGUCUUUCCAAGAGCCAAGAGGCAGGGCUGCAGCAGGUGGAUGUCUGCGACACGCUGGUGGUGGCCAUGACGCCUGCGCCGUGCCCGCUGCGUCUGGUGCUGCUGGACGCUGGCAUUGUGGCCGAGCUGCAGGCUGCCGACCUGAGGAACUUCCGGGCGGUUUUCAUGGCCGUGGCAUUGGGGCAGGGCCAAAGAGUGGCUGAGCUCAUCCUGCAUCACGCGCGGGCCAGCGAGUGCAGGGAUGUGGAGGGAUUCAAGGCCGAGAUGGCCACGCUGGUGACCCAGGCCAGGAAGGACACCAUCACCCUGGAAAAGGUACAAGGAGGCCCAUUGAAUCCUGGCUCUCAACAGUGGCUCCUUGACCAGGUUCUGCAGGGCGGCUGCUGGGGCAGUGACAUUUCUAUGCCACAACCCCUCCCUGUCUGGGGUGUAGCUGUUCUGCUGCUUCAUCUGGAGCUCAGCCCAGCAUGGAGGGAGGGAGGACUGAGGCCCCUGAGCAGCCAAAGGACAUACCUAAUGUUCAUGACCUUUACUGAGGCCUGAACCAGUGUCCACUUUGUAUUUUACACACAGUUCUAACAAACUUGACUGGUUUUUCCCCAAGUUCAUGUUCUACACUCGCAGGAGUGAGUCAGAACAAGGAGGCACCCACUGGCAGUGAGGAGAGGCAGCUGGCACACAGCUCUGCUGACCUUACUUGUCCAGAUGUGGGCUGUGUGCUGGGAGUGAGGGGGGUGACGGGCCUCUAGGCCUGUCCUCCUGAAGGGGUCUUGGAACUCAGUCUCAAGGGGCGAGUCGGGCUUGUGUGAGCGUAGUCCUUUCUGGAGCUCAUUGGAAAUCCCUUUCCUCCUGGCUGGCUGGCUGGUGUGGGUGUGUGUGUGAGAGAGGGGGUGAGUGUGGGU